CACAAAACAAUAUAUAAACCCACACUCGGAACCCUAAUCCUUUCUUCUUCUCAUAGUUCCUCCCAAAUCGCCGCAGCUUCUCAGGUAGGGUUUGUGUUUUUUCUUUAAUCGUAGGAGAAGAUGAGUAAAGGAAGCAGCGGAGCCACCAAGGGUGGGAAGAAGAAGGGAGCAACCUUCGUGAUUGAUUGCUCAAAGCCUGUUGAGGAUAAGAUCAUGGAUAUCGCUUCACUGGAGAAGUUUCUACAAGAGCGCAUCAAGGUCGGAGGAAAGGCUGGAGCUCUUGGUGACGCCGUCACUGUCACCCGUGACAAAACAAAAAUCACUGUCACCUCCGAGAGCACUUUCUCCAAGCGGUAUCUGAAGUACCUGACCAAGAAGUAUCUCAAGAAGAACAAUGUCCGUGAUUGGCUCAGAGUUAUUUCUGCAAACAAGGAUCGCAAUGUCUAUGAGCUGAGGUACUUCAACAUUGCUGAGAAUGAGGCUGAGGAGGAAGAUUGAGGAGCUGGAAUCUUAAUUGAAUCUUUAGUUUGUAGUUUCUUCUUAUCUGAUAUUGUUGUCUGCGUGAGACAUUAUCAAAUAUUUGCACUUUUGCCCAGUUAAAUGGAGAAAACGAGAUUAGCCAUCUUGUAGUUUUUAUAUCUUAUAUAUUGUGGUGUUAAUGGACCAUCUCUUUUUCAUUGCUU